AUACUGAGCUGCGCGCUUUCGAAGGGAUAAGCUGCUACUUUGGGAGCGUUGUGCGUUCGGAAACACGUCACUAUUGCAGUGACCAAUGGAUAUACCCUAAAUAAUUGCGAUCGCUGAUAAUAACUUUAUUAAUUUCAAACUUAAUAGUUGUCUGCGAUCAGCAUUCUUCCAGACGGAUUAGAGUCACAUUCAGCCUUUCCCGAAUCUUCAGAAGUUCUUCUGGAUUUCAGUAGAUCUGCUUGCCCACUGAGCGAUGGAAUUGUGGAGAGGACAGGCACCACGAUGUUGUUAACAGUUAUCGGAUAGGAGAUUUUCCUCUGUCCAUGGAUUUUCAAGCAACAUAAAUAUAACCCUUACUUUUUUAAAAACGCGUUUUGACUUAAUGCAUUUCACCCGUUGGAAACGAAAUGACUGUUCUUGAAGCCACAUGCAACUUUCUGAGCACAAUUCGAUUGUAUGUUAAAUAAAAUACACGCUUGCAGCAUGUAUGCCGGACGUAAGCGAAGAAAACCUGUGCAGAGAACGGUCAAACAGCCCGCUUCUGAAGGGACCAAAUCCAACCCAUCCAAACGUCAUAGGGACAGGCUGAACUCCGAGUUGGAACGGCUUGCCAACCUGCUGCCUUUCCCGGAGGAGGUCACCUCCACCCUGGACAAACUCUCCAUCCUCCGCCUCAGUGUUAGUUACCUACGGGCAAAGAAUUUCUUCAGAGUGGCUGUGAAGAACCAUAAUUGCAAUGGAGUGGCAUCCAGCGUUGAUAAUCAUGACUGCAGUAAAACUGUGGGAUUGCCAAGCAGCUGGAACCCCGAAAGUGAACUUCUCCUGCAGGCUCUGAAUGGCUUUGUGCUGGUAAUCACUGCUGAUGGCAUCAUAUUCUACUCCUCCCACACCAUUCAGGAUUACCUGGGCUUCCACCAGACUGACGUUAUGCAUCAGAGUGUGUUUGAGCUGGUCCACACAGAAGAUCAGCAGGAGCUCAGGAAGAACCUCCACUGGGCGUUCAACCCCUCCUCCACUUCUCACUCUGCUCCUCUGGAAGCUUCUCAAGAAGUGGAGCAAGAUUGUGGCUCCUCCCUGGAGUCCUAUAACCCAGAGGAGCUGCCACCUGAGAACUCCUCGUUCCUGGAGAGGAGUUUUGUGUGUCGCUUUCGAUGUCUCCUGGACAAUUCCUCUGGAUUCCUGGCUCUGAAUCUACAAGGUAGGCUGAAAUUCCUGCAUGGCCAGAGCCGGUGUUGGGAGGAGGCGGUGAAAGCACCGCCUAAGCUGGCACUGUUUGCAAUCGCAAGCCCGCUUCUACCUCCCUCCAUUUUGGAAAUCAGGACCAAGAAUAUGAUCUUCAGAACCAAGCACAAACUGGACUUCACUCCCAUGGCCUGCGAUGCCAAGGGUAAAAUUGUCCUGGGGUAUACUGAAGCUGAGUUGAGAGCUCGAGGGUCCGGUUACCAAUUCAUCCAUGCUGCGGACAUGUUGUACUGCGCUGAAAACCACGUUCGGAUGAUGAAGACAGGCGAGAGUGGACUGACGGUAUUCCGGCUCCUCACCAAGGACAAUAACUGGAAAUGGGUACAGGCCAAUGCAAGACUGGUAUACAAAAAUGGCAAGCCCGAUUACAUCAUUGCCACCCAGAGACCCCUUGUGGAGGAAGAAGGCGGAGAAUAUCUCAGGCAACGCUCUCUGCACCUCCCCUUUACCUUCACCACUGGAGAGGCUACGCUCUACCAUACAAGCCAUCCAAUAUCAGGAUAUAAUGAGGAUCGUCAGAGCAAUGCAAAGACAAGCAGCAAAUCCAAAAAGGGCCGAACCGACUCCAAGGAUAUCCUGGACCCAUGUUCCCUGCUCGGUGCACUCAUGAGCCAGGAUGAGUCUGUCUAUGUGUGCCAGCCAGCUUUAGAACCUAAGAUGUCCUUCCAAAGCAGUUUGCUUGGCUCGUUGGAGGAACUACCUCACAUCGCUCACUGUAAAGCUUCGGAGGCUCUGCGAGAUUGGAGUGAAACUGAGAAUAUUGUUUUAACUCCGGGACUGCCUGAAUCAACUUUUGACCCCCUUCUGGACACCUUGGAAUCACUGUGUUUGGGAGGCAAGGUAGUUGGGGAUUUGGACGGUUGUUCUAACAGGGAGCUGUUUAGCGCUUUGGACGGUCUCGGAUUGAGUGCAGAGGAUCUUGAGCUGCUUUUGCUGGAUGAGCGGAUGAUCCGAGUUGAAAUGGACCCGGACAGGGUGCCCACACUGGAUGAUUUGCUCACCAAUGAUGAGAUUCUGACAUACAUUCAUGAUUCCCUUGAGCAAAAGAUGGAAAGCCAGGUGCCUUCAACCUCAACACCGACAACAUUACUAACAGCCACAACCACAGGGCCGGAAACCUGCCCUACGUCUUCCCUCAGCGUGCAGGGGCGGUAUGUUACCCCUCGGCCACCUCUGAUUGGUCAGCAGCCCAUUGUACAGCUGUCUCAGCAGAUGCAACAACACCUGGGCGUGACACCAGCAAAAGCAGCUCUAGACACUUGGGGUCUUGGCAGUCAUUCAAAGGAGCAUGUGGUGAAGAGGCAAGAGCAACAGGACUAUUCACGUCAGGAAAGUGACUGGUUGGAUCACCCUGUAGCAACCAGGUCCAGUGGACUUGACAAUCAGUGUAACAAACAAAAGAUGUCUGUGCAGAAUGGAGAAACUACUGAGCAACACCAGCAGUACCUCCAGGAACGACAACAUGGGGAGAUUCCUCAUCUCCAUCCCCAGUAUCCCACAGUUCAAAGAGGCUACGGUCUCAAUGGGGUUUACCCUAUGAGUACGAGUAAUGCUGUUGGCCUAGACCAUGCCAUGAGCAAAGACUACAUGCAAGUUUAUAAUCACAGUCACCAGGGACAAACAACAAAUGGUCAUGUUUACUUCUACGACGCAAACUCUGCACUCACUGGGACUGCAGUGAAUGCUUGUGUGGAUUAUAGCCUGGCAGCCAUUCCUUGUUUGAAUUUUACAAUCAACAGUGGGUUGCCUCAAGAAACUGGUGCCAACCAGGGGACAAGAGCAGCCGUUGCAUCUUAUCAGAAAGGACAAGAGCAGCUGGCUCAGGUCUUGUCCAGUUUUUCGCAGCAGAUCCUGGGUGACGGCCCGACGCGUGGGCAGAUACCUACACAGGACCCGUUCGAAAUGUUUAUGUCAGAAUCUCAUGAUGCAGUACAGAGCAGCAAGAUGGAGAAUGGGUGUAUUCCCAAUGUCGGCUAUGCUGCAGGCAGUGCCUUGCCCAAUGGAAGUGCAGUAACGCUCUCUAGUGGUGUGCUGGCUCAUCCGGAAGCGAUUCCCAGUCUCCCAGAUCCACAGCCCACUGGUUUUCUAAUCUGACCUGAACACCAAUUUAUUUAGAGGAACUACACCUGCGAAUCAUUAAACUACUAUCUGGUCUAACGCCAGUUUUGUAGUA